GUUCCCAUCUGAGGAAGAAAAGCAAGGGGGAUUCGGGUCCCCUUUCCUGGCCCUCGAACAAGGACAGCUGGGCCGAGGGGUGAAGGAAGAGGAAAUAGACCAUGAGGAUCCCAGCUUGAUCGGUGCUGGGAUGACUCUUUCUAUGCCUUACGGGUCAUCUCCUCUUCUUGGUGCUCUGGAACCGACACAGGAGCCAGUGGCCUUUGAGGAGGUGGCUGUGUAUUUCCGAGCGGGCGAGUGGGCUCUGCUGGGUCCUGACCAAAGAGCUUUGUACAGGGAGGUCAUGCUGGAGAAUUUCGGGCACAUGGCUACUCUGGGACUUUUCGUGUCCAAACCAAAUCUUAUCUCCUGGGUGGAAGGAGGAGAAGAGUCAUUCUUCCUGGACCCUGAAGGAAUAGAAAAGGAGAAAAACACAGAUGUUGCAGCUAUGAAUGAAAUCAAAGAAGAAAACCUCCCACAGAAGGAAGUCAUUGGACUGGAUGGAAAACCAGAGAUUCCUCUAGAGAGAUCUCAGGAAGGGAUCGUCUUGAAAGCUCAGGAUCAACAGAGUGAUGACGCAGCCAGCGAGAAGGAGGGAGGUCCGAUUUAUCAGGAAGCUUCCUCUAUGCCAGCAGAAGCUGAUGCUACCUUACAGGGAGAUUCCAAUGGAGUUGUUUCUACAAAGUCUGAACCUUUUGAUCAGAAGUACGAGAGUGAUGGGCCACCGUGGCAGCACACGGUGAACAUGUGGGGCAUCUCCAUUCAGAAAGUAGAAAGCGUGGUGGCCAAAAACAUCGGCAUUGUUCGCAUGGGAGAGGAACGACACAUGUGCCGCAAGUGUGGACAGACGUUUGAGCAUCAGUCAGGACUUAUCGUGCAUCAGAUGAUUCACACGGCAGAGAGACCCUACGAGUGUCUGGAGUGUGGGAAAAGCUUCUGCCAGAGGGAGAACCUGCUUGCGCACCAGAGAAUCCACUUAGGGGAGAGACCUUACGAGUGCCUUCAGUGUGGGAAACACUUCAGCACCCGGUCCCAUCUUAUUACGCACCAGAGAAUCCACACUGGUGAGAAGCCGUACGAAUGCCUUCACUGUGCCAAAAGCUUCAGCAACAAGUCUUCGCUCGUCACACACCAGAGAAUUCACACGGGGGAAAAGCCGUACGAAUGUCUGCAGUGUGGGAAAAGCUUUUGUCAAAGCGGGCAGCUGAUCCGCCACCAGAGAAUCCACACCGGAGAGAAACCCUACGCAUGCCCCCAGUGUGGGAAAUGUUUCUGUCAAAGGGGACAACUCAUCCGACACCAGAGAAUGCACACUGGGGAGAAACCUUACGAAUGCCUUCAGUGUGGGAAGAACUUCAGCAGGAAAUCGUAUCUUGACAUCCAUGUGAGAAUGCACACGGGAGAGAAGCCCUACGAGUGCCCUGAGUGUAGGAAAAGUUUCUGCCAGAGCGCCCAGUUGAUCCGCCACCAGAGAAUCCACACUGGGGAGAAGCGUUUUUCAUGUUCCCAUUGUGGGAAAAGCUUCUUCCAGAAGGAAACGCUGGUCAGGCAUCAGGGAACCCACGUCGAAUCGAAACCAUAUGAAUGCCCUGAAUGUAGGAAAACCUUUCCAAGGAAGGAUAAGCUUAUACGCCAUCAAAGAACCCACACAGGGGAGAAACCAUAUAAAUGCUCAGAGUGUGGCAAGAGCUUCAGCCAGCGGGGUAACCUAGCUACCCAUCGGAGCACCCACACAGGAGAGAAACCUUACAAAUGUUCAAAAUGUGGAAAAAGCUUCAGGCGAAGGGAUAACCUUGCUACCCAUCAAAGCAUCCACACAGGUGAGAAACCCUAUAAAUGCUCCAUGUGUGGAAAGAAGUUCACACACAACAGUAACCUUAGUAGCCAUCAAAGAACACACAGAGAAGAGAAACUACAUAAAUACUCAGAAUUUGGAAAGAAUUUCAGUCAGAGGGAAAACCUUGUUCCCCAUCAAAGCAGGCACAUAGGAGACAAACCAUACAAAUGCUCAGAGUGCGGGAAGACCUUUUUGCACAGCAGUACUCUUGCUGUCCAUCAAAGAACCCACACGGGAGAGAAACCCUAUAAAUGCCUCGAAUGUGGAAAGAGCUUUAGCCAGAGGGGCAACCUCGCUGCCCAUCAAAGCACCCAUACAAAAGAGAAACCGUUUACUUGCUUGGAGUGUGGAAAGCACUUCAGGGAGAGCAACCACCUUGCGAACCAUCAAAGAACCCACUCAGGAGAGAAACCCUACAAAUGCUCAGAGUGUGGAAAGAGCUUUACCCAGAGAGGUAGCCUGUCUGCCCAUCAGCGGACUCACACAGGACUGAAGCCAUAUACAUGUUCAGAGUGUGGGAAAAGUUUCAGACAGAGGGGUAACCUUGCUUCCCAUCAGAGAACACACACAGGAGAGAAGCCAUUUAAAUGCUCAGAGUGUGGAAAGACUUUCAGACACAACAGUACCCUUACUAACCAUUUAAGAACCCACACAGGGGAGAAAGCGUAUAAAUGCUCAGAGUGUGGAAAAAGUUUCAGACACAACAGUACUCUUGCUAAUCACCAAAGGACCCACACAGGGGAGAAACCGUAUAAAUGUUCAGAGUGCGGGAGGAACUUCAGUCGAAGGGAUAACCUCGCUCUGCACCAGAAAAGCCACAGUUGUUCACAGUUUACAAAUGAAGGUUGUCUUAUGUGAGGGAAAUGAUUUGCUUGAACUCUGAAAUGAGAGAAAGACUCAAAACAAUGAGGGGUGAAAUAUGGCCACUCUUGGUAACCUUUCCAUGUUCCAUAUCUUCCUCCGAUCAGAAAAGGAACAGAAAUGGGAGGCAUUUCUCUGAAAACAGUGGGAGUAUUUGUGAGGGGUUUUUUUUGCCCCCUGCUAAGUCUGUUACUAAUCUAGCACUGAAAGAGACAAGGAGGGGAAAAAUAAAGGAUGAAAAAGGAAGCAGGAGAUCUUGCCGGUAUUGAGAAAUCCAAAGAGUCUUCCCCCUUUGUAUGGAUGUUGUUUCUCAGCAUCUGAGUGGUGUCACAUUUUGCUAGGAUACCUUUUUUUUGCUUUUCAUUUUAUGAUUUACUCCAUAUUGUUUUCUCUCUUCUAUUUGGGGAAAGAAUUUUUUUUAAUGAAAUGUCCAAUUUCCAUGAUGAAAACCCCUUUUUCUAUCCUUUCUGAAGGGCCGGCCUUCUAGAUCUGGUUAUAUGGCUCAUUUUCUCAAAUGUACAAUGUUGCUCUUCGCU